CUGUUCAGAACAGACUUAACGAAGCAAAGGAGAGUCAUGAGUAUGACUCCUCUGGGCGUGACCCUGCCGGCCGGCCAAACUGCCACCAUUGCUGGUGCUAUAGCCAUUGGCAGCAAGGUCAGCUCUCCGCGCGGCCACCACCGUGACACCCCGAGUGCCAUAUAAGCGGGGGUCGGCCGUCUGGAGGCACCACUGUUCGGCAGCACCGCCGGAGACUCCCUCCCACACGGCUCAGUCGAGAUGAACGCCAGAAUUCUGCUCGUGCUGUGCGCCCUGGUGGCCGCAGUUUCCGCCUCCGGCCACGGCCACGGCCACGGCCACGGCUACGGCCACGGCUACGGCCACCGGUACGGACGUUCUCUGGGGCACGGUUACCGCUACGGACACCGGCACGGACGGUCCGUGAACUACGGCUACGCCAGCCACGGCUACGGUCAUGGUCACCACUACGGCUACGGUCACCACCGCUACGGCCGCUCGGCUCCCUACAGCCACCCUGGCUACGGCUACGGCUACAGCCAUGGCUACGGCUACCUUCACCACCCCUACGCCCGCUCGGCUUCCUACGGCUACUGAGCCACCACGGCUACGGCCACGGCUACGUCGCUGUGAGGAGACCUGUGUACGGCCCGCACCCGAGCCGCUACCCGCACCAUUAAUGGGAGCUCUCCGGAGUGACGGCUGCUGAACAGUGCUGCUUUGUCUCGCAACAACACGGCCAUGUGGCGGGGAGAUUGUCUCGGGAGAGAAAAUUCUCCCUGCAUGCUCAUGGCCCAAAACCUGUCAUCAAAUAUAUGUCACUGCUA